AAGGAAAGCAACUCUUCGGUAGGAGAAAGACACUCGUCCGAACGAACGAACAAAAGCAGGGAAGACACGUCUUUUUGGAGCCUGCCGCCUGGUGUGUUCAUCUAUCCUCUGAAGGACUGCGAAGAAACAAACUUCAGUGAUACUAAAUUGACUGACCGGCGAUUUGACAUGGCCCCGGCAACUAUUAUCUCGUCUUCUUCUCCUUUCUUCUCGCCGUCUCUUGGGAAUGUUUUCUCUGCAACCAACUCCAGGGCCGGGGCGGUGGGUUUCCUCGGUUUUGCGCCCAAAUUUCAGGCGCCAAACCCUCUUACUGCAACCUCUAUUUCUCUCUCAACCGCGAGGAAAACCUCCAGGAGCUUACUCCAAGUGCGAUCAGUUGCUGCUCCAGUGGAAGAUGUGGCUGAAUUUGAUGAUAUGGUCUCUGGAACUCAAAGGAAGUACUACAUGCUUGGUGGAAAGGGAGGUGUAGGAAAAACUAGCUGUGCUGCCUCACUUGCUGUGAAAUUUGCGAACAGUGGGCAUCCUACUUUGGUCGUGUCAACGGAUCCAGCACAUUCCUUGAGUGAUUCUUUUGCUCAGGAUUUAACUGGGGGCACACUAGUACAGGUCGAGGGACCUGAUUACCCACUUUUUGCUCUUGAGCUGAAUCCAGAGAAAGCCAGGGAAGAAUUUCGUACUGCAUCUAAGCAGAAUGGUGGAACCGGUGUGAAAGAUUUUAUGGAAGACAUGGGUCUUGGAAUGCUUGUUGAACAGUUAGGAGAGUUGAAACUAGGAGAGCUACUGGACACACCUCCUCCUGGUUUGGAUGAAGCUAUUGCGAUUUCAAAAGUGAUACAAUUUCUUGAGUCAGAAGAAUACAACAUGUUUACUCGAAUAGUUUUUGAUACAGCACCAACGGGUCAUACUCUGCGGCUUCUCUCGUUGCCUGAUUUCCUAGAUGCAUCCAUUGGGAAGAUACUGAAGGUACAAUUAUCUAAUUAACAUAAUGAAACAUAAGCAUAUGUUUUCUUCCAUCAAUGAUGAGUUAUCUAAAUUGUUCAAGCAAACAAGUUUAUGUGUCGUGAAUCUUCUGUCUUUGAGCCUUUUUUGUAUUUUCUGGGAUUGAUCCUAAGCAAUUUUGGUAUGGAAUACUCGCUGCUUACAUUCCUGGAUGGAGAAAAUGGGAAGGAAAAAGGAAGUUGGUAACGUUAAUAUGUGUGCAUUUCUCUUCAAUCCUACAAAAAAUUGCUGGGUAUCUUAUUGCAGCUUAAACAAAAGAUAACUUCAGCUACAUCUGCAAUCAAAUCUGUUUUUGGGAAAGAAGAAAAGCGACCGGAUGCUGCUGAUAAGUUGGAGAAGCUGAGGGAAAGGAUGAUAAAAGUGCGUGAACUGUUUCGGGAUGUGGACUCCACUGAGUUUGUUAUAGUCACAAUUCCUACGGUAAUGGCAGUUAGUGAAUCAUCUAGAUUGCGUGCCUCCUUAGAGAAGGAGAAUGUACCCGUUAAAAGGCUAAUUGUAAAUCAACUUCUUCCACCAUCUGUCUCUGACUGCAAAUUUUGUGCAAUGAGAAGGAAGGAUCAGGCGCGUGCUCUUGAUAUGAUCCAGGAUGAUCCAGAACUGUCUACCUUGAGAUUGAUCAAAGCUCCCCUGGUUGAUGUAGAGAUCAGAGGCGUUCCAGCCCUCAAAUUCAUCGGUGACAUCAUAUGGAAAUGAUCAUAAGCAAAGAGUCGGAAUUAAAUCGUACCAUGACCAACUUUGAAACAUCAAUUGAUAGUAAGCAAUUGCAGGAAGAGCUGAAUGCUAUCGACACAGUCUGCAGAGACUUUGUAGAGCUCGUAUGAUGUUUUGAUGGUUCGAACUCUGAGUCAAUGUGUAUGUAACACUUCAUGUAGAUAAUGUUCAAGUUUCAAGAUCUUUAGUUAGAUGUUUGAUCAUGAAAGAUCAUACAGGAUACAAUAGAGUAACUACCAUAUGGGUUUACACACAAUGUACAACAACUGAGGACUUGCUAUUGGAGAAGUUUUUUCCUGUCAUGUGUAAGCUCCUAUAGAUGUACAAAAAACCGUUUCUCUGUUGGGGAAAAGGAGAAUAAAUAAUUCACACCCUCUAAUUCUCUGCUAUCUAUAAGUCCUGAUACUUCAUCGAAUCAAUUGAAUGGCUAAACAUAGAAUAUGCACUUCUGCCUGUCAACUCACCGCCUCCGGCCUAAUGUCACCAAACCAAAGAAUGC